AUGUGGAGCCUCCAAAACCUGCUUUUCAUCCUCUGCAUUACUCUGAGAUGUGUGACCACUGCAGUAGGGGUGAUCCAUGUGACUGGAUAUGUGGGGAGAGAGGUUAACGUUUCCUGCUCUUAUGAUGAGGGUUAUGAAUCUUAUGAAAAGUACCUGUGUAAGAACGACUGUGGUGACAGUGAUGUUCUUAUUACAACAUCAAACUCCUCGAAAAAUAAAUACAGUAUCCAUGAUGACAAAACAGCACGAAUCUUCACAACGACCAUCACUGAUCUUCAUUCUAUGGAUGCUGGGAAAUACUGGUGUGGAGUGACCAGAACUGGAAAAGAUAUCUACACUGAAAUCGAGCUGAAAUUAGUACCAGACAGCUGCUGUGACACUGUGACCAAAGUUCAAAGUUAUGAGAGAUACUCUGAGUCUGUCAGUUGUCCGUAUGAGUCUCAGUACCAGAACAACCUGAAGUACAUCUGCAGAGGAAAUCAGCCCUCCACAUGUCUGCAGCAGGCACUGAUCAUCUCUGACAACAAACAAAAUGGACGAUUCAGACUUGAUGAUGACAAAGUGUUAGGAACAUUCACAGUGAACAUUAGCAGUUUGACUCAAAAUGAUUCAGGGUCAUACCUCUGUGGUGUCGACAGAAACUCUGAGCUGGAUGUUUUUUCUGCUGUUGAGCUUAAAGUUGAAGGUGAGAGGUCAUAG